CCCCGGCGGCGCGCCCCCGCGCGCGCUCCCCGCCGCCCGCGCCCCGCGCUCCUGCCCAGCCGCGCCGGCCCCCCGCCAGCGCCCGACCCCCGGGCCCGGAUGCCAUGGGGAACAACUUCUCCAGUGUCUCUUCUGUGCCCCGAGGAAACGCGAAUCGCCCGCCGCGGGGCCACCCCGCCAACCUCAAAGACUCCAUCGGGGGCUCCUUCCCCGUCAGCUCUCACCGAUGCCAUCACAAGCAGAAGCACUGCCCGCCAGCGCUGUCAAGCGGGGGGCUUCCCGCCACACCGCUGCUCUUCCACCCGCACACCAAGGGCUCCCAGAUCCUCAUGGACCUCAGCCACAAGGCCGUCAAGAGGCAGGCCAGCUUCUGCAACGCCAUCACCUUCAGUAACCGCCCGGUGCUCAUCUACGAGCAAGUCAGGCUGAAGAUCACCAAGAAGCAGUGCUGCUGGAGUGGGGCCCUGCGGCUGGGCUUCACCAGCAAAGACCCGUCCCGCAUCCACCCGGACUCGCUGCCCAAGUACGCCUGCCCCGACCUGGUGUCCCAGAGCGGCUUCUGGGCCAAGGCGCUGCCCGAGGAGUUUGCCAACGAGGGCAACAUCAUCGCCUUCUGGGUGGACAAGAAGGGCCGCGUGUUCUACCGCAUCAACGACUCAGCCGCCAUGCUCUUCUUCACCGGCGUCCGCACCGCCGACCCGCUCUGGGCCCUGGUGGACGUCUACGGCCUCACGCGGGGCGUCCAGCUGCUGGACAGCGAGCUGGUGCUGCCCGACUGCCUGCGGCCGCGCUCCUUCACGGCCCUGCGGCGCCCGUCGCUGCGGCGCGAGGCGGACGAGGCGCGCCUCUCGGUGAGCCUGUGCGACCUCAACGUGCCGGGCGGCGCGGACGGCGACGAGGCCCCGCCGCCCGCCCACGGCGGCCCCGUCCCGCAGAACUCGCUCAACUCGCAGCACAGCCGCGCGCUGCCCGCGCAGCUGGACGGCGACCUGCGCUUCCACGCGCUGCGGGCCGGCGCGCACGUGCGCAUCCUGGACGAGCAGACCGUGGCGCGCCUGGAGCACGGGCGCGACGAGCGCGCGCUCGUCUUCACCAGCCGGCCCGUGCGCGUGGCCGAGACGCUCUUCGUCAAGGUCACGCGCUCGGGGGGCGCGCGGCCCGGCGGCCUGUCCUUCGGCGUCACGUCGUGCGACCCGUGCACGCUGCGCCCCGCCGACCUGCCCUUCAGCCCCGAGGCCCUGGUGGACCGCAAGGAGUUCUGGGCCGUGUGCCGCGCGCCGGGACCCCUGCACAGCGGCGACAUCCUGGGCCUGGUGGUCAACGCCGACGGCGAGCUGCAUCUCAGCCAUAACGGCGCGGCCGCGGGCAUGCAGCUGUGCGUGGACACCUCGCAGCCGCUCUGGAUGCUCUUCAGCCUGCACGGGGCGGUCACGCAGAUUCGCAUCCUUGGCUCCACCAUCCUGGCAGAGCGGGGCGCCCCGUCCCUGCCCUGCUCCCCGGCCUCCACUCCCACCUCGCCCAGUGCCCUGCUGAGCCACCUCUCGGACCCCCUGCUCAGCCCCUGCAGCUCUGGGCCUCCGGGCAGCUCUGCUGGCGGCACGGCCCCCAACUCCCCAGUCAGCCUGCCCGAGUCUCCGGGGAGCGCCGGCCCCUGGAGUGACGAAUGCACCAUCUGCUACGAGCGCGCAGUGGACACGGUCAUCUACACGUGCGGCCACAUGUGCCUCUGCUACGCCUGCGGCCUGCGCCUCAAGAAGGCCCUGCACUCCUGCUGUCCCAUCUGCCGCCGCCCGAUCAAGGACAUCAUCAAGACCUACCGCAGCUCCUAGGCCGCGGGCGGCCCCUGCCUUCCACCGCCCUCCGGGAAAGCUCCUCCCCUCUCCAGUAAAGGCUGGAAAUCGAGUCCCCUGAUGGUUCGGCGACGACGGAGGGGCUCUGAGGCAGGGGCGGACACAGGGAUGGGGCCGUGGCCAUACCCCCCUCCCGGGCCCUUGUUGCAGGCCCUGUUCCCUGCAGACCUGGCGGCUGAGUUCGGGUCUCAGCCUGUCCCCACCGUCCUUCCCCACUGUCGCAGGCCCUGGGGCACCUUUGCAAGAAUGUACGCACGCAUUCUGUGGAAGGGGUGCGGGCCCCGAGCCCAGAACUGCGGCCUGGCGGGGGUGGGGGUGGGGGGCGGGUUCCUGGAGUGGACAAGGGCCUGCAUCGGUUCCUGCUGCCAGCUGCUGCCAGCUCCCGAGCAGGACACAGCCUGCUCCGCUGUGGCCCUGGACAGGCCCAGCCUGCACUGGGCCCUGGCCAGGCUGCAACCUGGGCUCAGGCAGGCCCCAGGCCGCUUGGCCCCCAGCUGGCUGAGCGUAAGGGCCCUCUGCCGGCCUGUCUGCCUGAUCAUCUCAUGGACCGCUGCUGUGCAGGACCGGCGCGGGGCCGGCUUGGUCAGGAUCUCCCGGGACCGGCUGGCACCUCCUCUGUGACCUGACCACCCCUACAUCUCAGUGCUCCCCUGGCCUGGCCGAUGCCCCCGCCCCCAUGGAAGUCCAGGGCCCUGUGUGUGUGUUGGGGGUGGGGUGGGGGCCAGCGGCAGGGUAGGGUAGGGAGGGGCCCUGGGGGAAGAGCAGCCUUUUUUUUCUUUAACUUAUUUAUUUAUUUGAAGUUUUUGGUGUUUUUUUUUUUCUUUUCCCCCUGUUUUGUUUUUGUUUGUUUGUUUUGAAAGGGCCAGAGCAGUGGUUUCUAAACUUGUCUGGCCUACUGCCCCUUUGCAGGGAAAAAAAAAAAAAAAAUCUCUCGGUUUCCCCUGGAGCCCUGCCUUGUUGGCGUGAACAAACAGCUCUCUCCCUGGGGGCCCUGGCGGCCGAGCCCGCCCCACCCCUCCCUGCCGGGUGCUC